AUGGACCAAUCUUGUACACAACUAUGCACUGUGAGGAUUUUCGUGGUAAGAGGCCCUCCUUCGGAGAGGGUUUCAAGUUGUGUACGUGGCGAUCAUGUAUCCACCGACCGAUUGGAUGUCCAAUGCCAACUUGGUGCUUUACACCUCACUCGCAUGACUAGCCAACGCUGUACGCUUCCAAUGAAGAUGAAAGAGGGUUCCGGUCGGCCAGAGGGCGAUGUCACACGGCAUAUGUUCUCGGACUCUUUGACUUGA